AUGAAGGUCUCUACCGCGGCAGCACCCCUUCUUAGCAUCCUGCCUGAGGCCAACUUCCUGGUCGACAACACAGGCUUUUGUUGCACCGCUCUUCAAACCACUUCCCUGCGUGACCAGGUCUUCUAUCCCACCAGUGCAGCGUACAAUGAGUCCGUAAAUCAAGUUUUCGCGGGGAAUGCUCGAUUUAGUCCCUCAUGCAUUGUCCAGCCUCAUUCUGCGGAGGAUGUCUCAAUCGUGGUCUCGGCUUUGUCACAAACGCAAUGUCAAUUUGCCGUGCGCAGUGGUGGCCAUACCAUCUGGCCUGGCGCGGCUGCUAUUGAACAGGGGGUUACCAUUGAUCUUUCCCUGAUGAAUAGUACUACAUACCACGAGGACAAGGGAGUGGCAUCAAUCUUACCGGGUGCACGGUGGCAGUCCGUAUAUAAGACACUCGAGCCCUAUGGAGUCACGGUGCCCGGCGGACGUUCUGGAGCAGUUGGAGUCAGCGGAUUUCUGAUUGGAGGCGGCAAUUCGUUCUACACAGCACAAGUAGGUUUCGCAUGUGAUAAUGUCGAGAACUUUCAAGUCGUCCUCGCCAGUGGAUCGAUCGUGAAUGCCAACCGGACUAGCCAUUCGGAUCUUUACCAGGCCCUGAAGGGCGGCUCGAUCAACUUUGGAAUCGUUACAAAGUACGAUAUCAGGGCGUUUCCUCACGAGACCCUUUGGGGAGGGCUCGUCGUGUAUGACAAUUCCACCACCGCUCAGCAGAUUGAGGCCGGAGUGGACUUUACCAACAACAUACACAAUGACCCCUACGCAUCCUGGAUUGGUAUGUGGGGAUACGACUCAGUAACGGGGCAGAACAUCAUGGCCAAUGCAUUGGAAUAUACAAAACCAGUUGCGUAUGCGCCCGCAUUUGAAGGGUUCUUGAAGAUCCCGAACAUUACCAGCACGAUGCGAUUUGCGAGCAUCUAUGAUCUGACCAAUGAGCUAGGCCAGACACCAGGUUAUCGCUAUAUCUACACGACGGGCACGUACAAGAAUGACGCCACAGUCCUUCGCAAGGCGAUUGACCUCCACAACAACUACAUCGAGCAGGCCAAGACCCACGUUAAGAGCAGUUAUUGGGCUAUGGAUACCAUGAUCCAACCCUGGCCUAAACUCUUUUCGCAACAUAGCGUCGAGAAGGGCGGUAAUGUGCUAGGCCUGGAGCGGUUUGAUGAGAACCUUAUUCAACUACUUUUUGACUACUCCUGGGACAACCAAGAUGACGACGAUCUCUUCCGCCGCCUGGGUGAGUCCAUUCUGGGGGAGCUCAAUGAAUUUGCCAAGUCGAUUGGGGCGGACAAUGAGUACGUCUACCUCAACUAUGCGGACAAGUCACAGAACCCACUCAAGGGCUACGGUGAGAAGAACAUCGAAUUCAUCUCCCGCGUGGCAAAACAGUACGACCCCGAUGGAGUGUUCCAAAUACAAGUUCCGGGUGGAUUCAAGAUCAGCGAGGUGUAG